AUGAUCGAAGAACACGCAACACUUUCAGUUAAAAUCGACAAAAUAGAGAAAGAUAUUCACAAUGUAGAUGCUCGGAUCAAGGCUCAAAAAAACUUGCUGUAUAAUCUGGAGCAAGAUUUUGACUUUCUAAAUAGAGCCUCGGGUCAAGGAUCAGUAGACCUCGACCUUGAAGCUAAUAUUAGAACCCAGCGUGAGUUUCUUGAUGAACUCCAAGAGAUUCUCCAAAAAAUUCUUGAUGGGUAUCGGAUUAGGCUUAAAAAAGAUUCAGAGCAAGAAUUGGAGCUUAAACAUUACUUUGAGCAUCACCAUAAGUUUGAGGUGACAGAUUCUGACGAUAAUAUAAACCUGGAAUCGUAUCACUCGUACAAGAGCUGUUUUGACUUUUUCUACAGUUACUUUUCAAGUGUAUUUUCACGGUUUGAGCAGGAUGCUCAGCAGCAAGCUUUACAACCAUAG